AUGCCGAAGACGCCCGCAAGCUACGAGACGAAGGACCUGAAGAAACUGAAGGUGGCGGACCUUCGCGCCAUCCUCGAGUCGAAAGGUCUGGACGCCACCGGCAAGAAGGACGAGCUCAUCGAGAAGGUGCAGGCGUCGAACGAUGCGCCCGAGCCCGCCCCCGAGCCCGAGCCCGAGCCCGAGCCCGAGCCCGAGCCCGAGCCCGCCCCCGAGAAAUCGCCACCCGCGAAGAAGCCCGCGGCGAAGGAGAAGCCCGCGGCGAAGGAGACGCCGGCGGCGGAGGAGGACGACGACGACGAGCCGAGGCGCGCGAACGAUUUCUUCUUCUCCACCGCGGGUGCAGACGACGACGACGACGACGACGACGACGAGAAGGACGAGGACCCCGCUCCGGAACCCGAGGCGCCCGUCGACCGGGACGACGACCGACCCGCCACCGAUACCCGCGACGCCGACGACGACGCCGAUGACGACGACGACGACGACACAGCUGGCGACGAGAUCUACCUCGGGUUUCUGGGCGAAAACUGCAAUCGCGAGUUUAUCGCCAACCUCCUCCGCCCGUUCUUCGAGUGCGAACGCGUGCAUCUCCCGAUGCAGUCCGCCCCGGGCGGCGGGCCGAAGCGACCGAAGGGGUACGCCUUCGUUCGCCCUCCUCGAGGCACGCCCGACUCCGCGUUGGCCGCCGCCGUGGAGAAGCUCAACGGAAGCGCUUCGUACCCGGGAGCGAAGCACCCGCUCAAGAUUGCGAUGGCGACCAGAAAGACGAACGACGACGACGACGCGAGGGGGACCAAGCGCCGGCGCGAUGGGUCCGGCAGCGGCGGCGUGCCCCAGGGUAAGUCCCCGAACCGCCUCUACGUUCUCGGCCUCCCGCGACACGUCACCGAGGUGUUGCUCAAGGAAUUUUUUAGUCGGUUCGGCGCCGUGACGGACGCGAGGGUGCUGGCGAGCAGGGACGGCGAGGACGACGUCGGCCCGCGGCGCGGCACGGUGACGUUCGCCUCCGCCGACGACGCGGCGAGGGCGAGGGCGGAGACGGAUAACACGCGAGCAUUCCACGGCGGCGGGGAGCUGAAGGUGGUUUACUCCAACCUCCGCGACGGGGAGGGUGGGCGGCGCGGCGGCGGCGGCGGCGGGGGAGGCGGGGGCGUGGGAGGCGGAGGCGCGUCCGCGCAGCCGUGGAGUGUGUACCCGAUGCAGCCGGGGAUGCCGAUGUACACGCCGAUGGCCGCGGUCGCGUUGGACCCGGCCACCGGCCAGCCGUUCGCGCCGACCGGGGUGGCGGCGGGGGCGGGGCUCGCCGAUCAUCCCGCCGCGGUUCCGCCCACCGGGCUGUCAGAGGCGGGGUACACGGGGGUACACCUCGCGGGUCUGCCCCCGUCCGCGACGGUGGACGCCAAGUACGCGCACCUGUAUCAGUGAUGA